UUUAGCUUUUGCCAAUGGAUCGCCACGAGCUUAUCAGACUCGCGAUCUGAUCCGAAAAGUGGAAACAAAGUUAAGAUAAACUAAUUAGCAAUUAGCCAAUGUAAAUAGAGUGUUGUCAGCCGACUAGCCGCAGCAGCUGAGCUGAUAGUUCCGCUUUUGCCCCGCGUGUAACCAAAAUAAACAAGCGAGUGAAAGAAAGCGGAAGAGAGGCGGAGAAAGGGGAGGCGGAGAAGGAGGAGCGGACAACGAGGCAGAAACAAAAGCACAAAACGGCGGACAAAACCAGUCGAAACAAAACAACAAACCGGAGCGGACGCACUCGAAAAACGAAUAAAAUUUAUUUCUGUGCUUAGUGUGUGAGGCUGUAUGAGCGUGUGCAUAUGUGUGUGCUGUGUCUAUUUAAACAAUAUUUUAAAAAUCAUACGCCAGACGACGAAAAGCGAAGAUCUCCGCUAUAGCGAAGCGGAGCAGACAGAUAAAUAAAAACAGAAUCCGAGACAAAAACAACGCGACUGUGACGCGGCAAGGUGCUGGAGGUCACUCGGCCCAUUUCGCGUAGCACCAUACAGGCACGGCACCACCCCCCGCGUAAUCAACCCCGUAACCAGUUCCAGUUCCAUCCGCCCGCAAACAGCACGCGCGAUCUGAAAACUCUGAAAAAAAAAGUUAUACAAAAAAAAAACAACAAAAAAAACAAAAAAAAAACAAUUGCAAACUCACGCGCUUUGUCGUUUUUAUUACCCGCCCUCUCGACUGAUAAACGUCAGUUGAUAAAUAUAUAUCGCAUCACACCAAAAACAAACACACCAGCAAACAAACACCAAUUAUUCCAAUAAAGCCAGCGCCAAGUGCGAAUGCGCCCUCGAUUUGUAUGCCAUCAGCAGCACUUGGUUGCCCAUUCCCACAUCCAUCCCCACUCACAUUCCCACUUCCAUCGCCAUCCCAAUCCACAUCCACAUCCCCCCAAUCAUUCCCAUUCCCAUUCCCAUACCCACCACAUUUACGGUCCCACUGACGUCAGCUAUCGGCGUUAUCGCACCACUAACAUGGUGGUGGCCGAGGGAGUUAUGGACUCCGGAUCGGGGAUCGGUGAGGGAACGGGCACGGGAAUGGUGGGCCACUUCAACGAGACCCCAUUAUCCGAACUGGGCAUCGAGACCCGCACCCAACUGUCCCGCAUGCUGAACCGCAAGAAGGUGCUGCGAUCCGAGGAGGGUUACCAGCGGGACUGGCGGGGCAUCUCCGAGUUGGCCAAACAGAAGGGAUUCGUCGAUGAGAACGCCAACAAUCCCAUGGAUCUGGUGCUGAUCAGCUGGAGCCAGCGGAGUCCCCAGACCGCCAAGGUGGGACAUCUCGAAAGCUUCCUCGGCAUCAUCGAUCGAUGGGACGUCUGCGACGAUAUCCAAGAGAAUCUGGCGAAGGACACGCAACGCUUUAUCUUGAAGCAGGAACAGCGGCAGACCUCUCUGAUGGAGGCAUGUCCUCCGUCUCCCAGCGAUUGUUUGGAGACCAACAACAACUACAGCAGCAGCAGCAACAACACAAUGGGCCAAAGUGUCCAAAUCCUGAGUGACGAAGAUCAGAGAUGUGUGCAGAUGGGCCAACCGCUGCCCAGAUAUGAUGCGUGUGUUUUGUAUGCAGAGGCAGACAUCGAUUAUGCCAUUGAGAUCAUGAAUGUGCUAGAGUCUGAGCGAUACAAUCUCAGGCUCUUUCUGCGCCAUCGCGACAUGCUAAUGGGCGUUCCCUUCGAGCAUGUCCAACUCUCCCACUUUAUGGCUACCCGCUGUAACAAACUGAUCGUCGUGCUUACAGAGGAGUUUCUUCGAAGUCCAGAGAACACGUACCUCGUGAACUUCACCCAGAAGAUACAAAUCGAGAAUCAAAGUCGCAAGAUCAUACCGAUUCUGUACAAGCCAGACAUGCACAUACCGCUGACCCUGGGAAUCUAUACGCACCUCAUGUACGGCAAGGACUGCAAGUUGUUCAACCUUUGGGACAAGUUGGCUAAUUCGCUGCAUGCUACACAAUCCACGCGCCAAGCUCAAACACCUUCGCCGGAGGAGGAGACGGCUCCCCAGCAAGUGACCACACCCAGCAUCCGGAUUCAAAUCAAUGACAAGGAUGUCACCGAUAUGCCCAGCUACAACAACUACAAAGUGCCGGAAGCGGAGACCACAAUGGUGUCGAUAUCCGGCGAUACCAGUUCGCCCCUGCCGGAACCCAAACCGAAGAAGAAGGAUCGAUUCCUGCGCAAGUUCACCCACAGCUUUGGGAAGACGCCGCGGAGCGAUGGUAAAGAUGCGAAGACUCUGCGACACGCCCACUCCGUCAGCACCAUCAAUGUGACGGAGCGGGAAAGGACACUGAGUGCCAGCAGCUCCAAUAUCUCGACCACGUCGGAGAGCAAGAAGAGCUCCAUCAAGUGGCAGCCGAAUAUCCUGAAGAAGGUCCUAUUCUCCCGCUCCAGCAGCAAACUGCAGACACCGGGUUGAGAUCGUAAUGUUAGGAUAGCCAUUCAUUCGAUUCCUUAAUUCCUUGUCCAGUCUCGUUACGGCGGUAGAGUCUCCAACGUCGUCACCCUCCAUGAUUAGUGAUAAUCCUUAGCCUAAUCCUUAUCAAAGUCAACUAACUUAAUAUACUUAGACGCACUUGUUAACUUAUAUAAGACAACAACGAAUAAAGACAAUACCACAUA